AUGAACGUUCAAUAUUACUCAAUUUUAGUAAAUUAUUUGGUUAAAGUUUUGGAAAAUACAGGUUACCGAGAUUACAAGAAACAGAAAACUCAUUUAAAACAAAAUGAAACCGAUGUAACCGAUGUAAUCAAUAAAACUAUAACUUCUUUUAAAAUAAAUUAUGAUUUAACUUUUAAUAACUUCGGAAAUGUCCGAGAAAGAUCAGAUAAUGUUCCGAUCGAGGAAAACAAAAAAUUUAGAUGGUCAUUGGAUAUAUCUAGCAUAAGAAAGUAUCGUGUUGGAAGUUUUAUUUUUGUUGCAGUAUCCCGCAUAGACGUUGAAAAAGAUAUGAAAAAGAAAGAAAGGAAAGAUACGACAUGUGUGAAAUAUAAGAAAAUUAAUGUGGAGGUGCAAAUGAAAAAAACUAACUGCAGCACAUCACAAGAAAGUGUUUCUGUGAAAUUUCUUGAUGAAGGAACUGCAAUUUAUUGUCUUAGAUUAAACGAUCGUUAUGAAAUUGACACUAAUUUUAUUCGAGCUUAUCAUUUGAAACAUUUGUCGGGAAUUUGUAGAUUUGUAGAAGAUGUUAAAUCAGAAGACAAUGGUGAUUAUAUCUUGAAAAGAUUCAUUGUAAUGAACAUUAAUGGAAUAUAUAACUUUGAAUAUAAUGUGGGCGGUAGAUGUUUUAAUAAUAAUGAGAGAUUUUGCUAUCCAAAGAUUUUCGAGGAAGAAUUAAAGGAUUGGUAUGCAGAUGAAGGUAUACCGGAUUGCAUGGAUCGUCUUCUUUCGUGUAUCUAUGAUAAAUAUUUUUUGGUCGAAUAUUAUAAAAACAACGUACAAUUUCUUGAAGUAUUUGACCUGGUAGAGAUGAGAUUAGAGAUCAACAUUAAGAGAACCGAAAGUAUGGAGAAGCAUAUAAAUAAGUACAGCAAGUAUACUUAUUCAAUUGAUAAGCAAAAAUUGCAACUGUGUUUUGCUCGAGGUCAAUCUAUCAGAAUAUAUUUUAUGGAAAGCGGUUUGGAGAUCUCGUGUAAAUUAUUUGAGAAAAUUAAAAAAAUACAUUUAAUAGAAUUCAUUGAUAGCGAUGAAAAAUUACUUUUAGUUUGCAGUGAUGAAGAAAAAAAUCAAAAAAUCAUUAUCUGGGAUUUGUAUAAUACUGAUAUGGAUAAACCAUUUUCAUUAUGUGAAAUAACUCACUUGGCUAGAACUUCAGGAAAUCUUCUGCAGGUUGAUGAUAAAGGAAAAGUUACCUCAGUGCUUAAGAUGGUUGAUAAUGAAUUAAGGAAGAAAUCGAAGAAAGAAAAUGAUGAUUUAAAUUUAGUAGAAUAUACUUCAGAAAUUGAAAAGAAUCUCACACUUAGGAAGGAAGCUUCGGAAAAGCAUACUUUCUUCUUUUAUGAGGAUUAUGAUGAAGCUAAGUUCAAGCCAUUAAUUAAUCCAAAAGAUAAAGGCAAAGAGAAAGAGAAACUUCCCAAUGAAGGAAAUCCAUUUCUAGAAUUAAUUUGGACAAACGGAAUUCCAAUAAAUCAAGAAAGUAAAGAAAAUAGAUUACGAAUUAAAAAGAAUCUAUUCGGGUCGAAAUAUUUUUUUUUGGAAAUUUACUGGUAUGAAAAUGAUUUAAGUGUGGAAGUUGGUGAGGGAAAUACGGAAGAAAAUAUGAAAGCAAUGAAAAAAAUUAAGGGAAAGGAGUUGAAAAUAAAAACGAUCGAGUGGAAUGAUAUUAAUGAAAAUAUGAAUGGAGUAAGAUAUGCAUGUAAAGCAUUAGAACACCUUAAUAAGCGUGCCAAAUCUAUAAAGUCUUUUGUAAAUUACGAUAAAGUAUAUAAAUAUGAAGAGAUGGUUAUGUAUAUUAAUCAUAUAAUCUGGAGAUAUAUUAUACAUAAACCAGAUCAAUACAGAUUACUUGAUGUUCGACAUAAUGUUAUGAAAAAUUUAAUCCUUGGUGAUUGCGAUCAAUUAAUUAAGUUUAUUCUAUUUGGAAAUAAUUCAAACGAUAAUGAGAAAGAGAAGGAAGUGGAAAAUUUUCAAAUCAAACAUAUACCAAGAAGGAUAUCUUGGCAGAAAAAAAAUAAAUAUGUAAAGGAUGAUGAUAUAAUUCCUUUUAACAGAAAUAAAGGAUUUGAAGAUCACGAGAACAUAGUGCCAGAAAAUGAUAUGGAAUUGGCAAUUUAUCAUUGUAGAGACCAUGAGCAAAAGGAUACAAUAAUCGUUGCUUAUCUUUUGGAAUAUUAUUCCAGCCAUGCCAAAGAUCAUGUUGGUUGGAUGGUUACUGUUUCUAAAGCACUUCCUCUAUUAUACAAAUACAAUUAUGAUAAUUAUGCCAGAAAAUUAUUUCAUAAAGAUUGCUUUGCGGAUCAGAAUUAUUUUGUAGCACAAGAUCCUUAUGAAAUCAUUCCAGAAGAAUAUUUGGCAAGGCGUAAUAAUGAUGCUAAAUUCAGAUCAUUUAGACCUAUAGUCAAUCUGCAAUGUGAUAAAGAGAAUACACUUUAUAAUUACACUAAUAAGAUUAAAAACAAUAUAGCUGGAUGGUUUGAAAACUUUGAUAAUGAUCAUGGUAAACCACCAUUAGCUUUGCGAGUAGUACCACUUCCUGAAUUUACUGUGCAUAAAAUUGAGAAGAAAGAAGCAGAGUAUACCGUCGGGAAAAUUAUUUUAAACAUUAUUUGCUUCUUGAUCGGACCACGGUUGUAUAAAAUUAAUCGAAAUGAAAAAAAUUUAUUAAGUCCGUUUUCAAGAGUUGUUCAAUAUGAAAAUUGUGAUGAUAUGUUUAAUAAUCCAGCAAUUGAGGCAGUUAUUGAUUUUCGAUGGAAUAAGACCAAAAAUUAUAUUUUCAUUCAUUUUCUUCGAUUUCUUUUUUUCGGAAUUUGUUUUGGAUAUAUUAGUUGGGAAUAUAUGAACAAAAAUAUUGAUAGUAUAGAGCUUCAAAAAUUUUUAAAGAUAUUUUUGUUCUAUACUAAUGAUUUUGAUCUAUUUUCAGUUAUAAUACCAGUAAUAGUGAUCACAAUAUUACUUGUUGACACAUUUCAUUUUUCCAAUGGCUCUGAAAACGUUAAGAAAGAAAUAGUUGUUGGAAUAUCUUUCUCAAUGCUAAUAAUUUGGAUUGAAACUAUUUUAUAUCUUCAUCUAAUAUCAAGAAUUGCUACAUAUAUUUAUUAUGUUAUCAUAAUUAUCCAAUCAAUACUUCCUUUUCUAAUAUUUAUAUUGAUUGUAAUUUUUGCAUUUGCACAUACAAUGUUUUUAUUGCUUAAAGAUCCAAAUCUAUCAGGGAUUAGAACAAAGAAUUCUACAAUUAGUGGAUAUGCCAUAAAUAAUUCAACUAAAGAAAUACUUUUAAUUAACCUCAAAUCGGAUUUUAAUUCUACAGAUCUGAAUGAUAAUCCUUUUGCUUUCUUUUCAACUUCAAUAGAAGCUGCAUAUUUUUGGAUUAAUGGUGAUUAUGUUCAAAGGGGUCUAUUUGAUUCUUGGGUUGUCAAAGUAUUUACUUUUAUGGCUAGCAUAUUUAUUGUGAUUAUUUUACAAAAUAUGUUGAUUGCUUUCAUGGGUGGUGUUUAUAAAGAAGCAGUAACUAAAGGUAGACAAGCUUUAUUAAGGUAUAGGGCAAACCAAAUAGCAGAUUAUGAAGCUUUAUGUCACUUCCAUCUUUGGCCUCAAGAACCAGAUCCAAAAUAUAUUUAUUACAUCGGUCAGUCAAUAAAUUUUGAAAAUUGGCAUAAAAUUAGAAAAGACGAUCAAGAUGCCAUUUACAAGGAUUUUGAAGAGCCACCCACAUUUAUUAAAAAUGCUUUUAAAAGAUCAACUUAUGAUGAAUAUUCAAUUUGGAAAUUUAAAAAUAAAAAUGGGGACGAUAAAAAGGGAAAGUCUGCCGAAAUAAUCCUUGCAAAUGAUGAAGGUCAGGUAGAUGUCGGGAAGUCAGAUGAUACAUCAAGAAAAGAUCAGGUAGAUAUUGGGAAGUUAAUUCAAGAAGUUGAGAAAUUGAAGGUCAAUUUGAGUUCCAUUGAAGGGAUUCUCAAUGAGCUUAAAAAUCAAAAAUUACACAAGGUGUUUGCACAUCUAGAUAGCAGAAGGUGGCCAUGGAAGUUAGAAUCCGCUAAGGAGUGUGUAACAACUCACCAGACGAAUGAACUAGCCUUGAAAAUGGAUGGCACUCUCAAGCGUAAUACCUAUACCUUACCUUUAAGAUAUAAAUGA